UUAUAAAACAUGGAGAUUUCACCUUGGAGAGAGAGCUAUCAAAUGAGGUUCAUCUUCUACCUAGCAGAUGACCUCUCCUCUACAACAGAUUCACCAGGGAAUGCCGCCAUGGCCUCUCCCCUCUCACAGACCUACACCGUGUCCGUCCGUCUGUCCAACACAGAGGAGAAGCCGCUGACCAAGCACAACCUGCAGGUGCUGUCCACGAGUAUUCCUGAGCUGCACCAGCGGAUCACGGGCAGCACCCGGCCCUUCAGCUACCAUAAGGCCUACCUGCAGUGGGAUGCCCUGCCCAGAGAGUCCCCCAGACCCCAGACCUCCACUCCACCCAAAGCAUCCACUCCAGCCCGCUGCACUAUCCCACCCAAAUCAUCCACCCCCAUCCAGUGCACCAUCCCACCCAAGGCCCUGAGGCGCAGUCUGAGGAGGCCAGACGUCACCACCCACGCCACGCCAAACAAGGAAGCUCAGCCUUCCUCUACCACAUGGGGAAAUGAAACCUCGGCUCCUGAUUGGCUGAAAUGCGACGGGUCGUUCGUACCGGGCCUCGGCAACAAGGAGUGGACGACGGUGAGCUUCCAGAGCGAGGAGUUUGUGCGCUGCGUAUCGCCGGUGGCGUACACCGACAGCGCCAGCGACAUCGCCGGCAGGUGCAACGUCGCCGACUACACCGAGUACGGCCAGCUGGUGUUCUCCGUAGACGUGGACUUCCUCCGGAGUGCGGAGGCGGGAGGCGAAGAACUGACCCGUCCCACCGCCGCCUCCCCCGCAGCGGACUCACGAGACGAGAGGAUGAAACAGCCACGGACGCCGCCGUCCGACGGGAGGAAAGCUCCCAACAGCAAGAAGCGGCAUAGCGCCACCACGCGGCGGUCAUCAGGGGCCAAUCACCGCUCGCCAUCCAGAAGCCCCAUCAGGAUGUAAAGUGUACCCGUAAGAACUAAGAAAAAACAUCUAAAAAACACAUUGGUUCUCUUGCCGUUUUAGGGUAAAUGAAACAUUUAGAAGGUACACUGAAACUGCUGUUUGUACUGUAGAUAUUUGUAAAUGUCUUCAAAAUAACAAAAAAAAAGAAGACGUACAUCCUCUAUAGUAUGCAGAGAUAUUGUCUUCAAAAUUACUAAAAGACAUACAUCCUUUGGAGUAUGUAGAGACAUAGAAAAAGUGUUGCACAUAUUACUACUAAUAACUAGGUUUUCCAAUGAAACAAUACAAAAGGUAUUCCUGA